AUAUUCGCAAAAAUCAAAGAAAAUAUCAAUUAUAAUAGAAAUUUUUAAACAAUUAAUAAAAAGUUUACGCGCUUUGUACAAUUAUUUAAAAGAAAAUAACACAAAUAAUUAAAAGAAAUCCUUAAAAACAGCAAAAACAUAGACAGUUGGUUUUGUUGUUGCCUUUACGUUUUUUUUUUGCGACAUUGUUGUUAUAUGAGGAAAGAAAUAAAAAAAACGGUGUUCAUAUUUAUUUAAAAGAGAGUGUGAGUGAAAAAGAGUGAAAUUGUGUCCAUGAGACAAGGAGCUAAAAAAGCAAACAUUUCAAUACAAGUGCCCUGGAAUUUUUUGCAGACAAUUAAUUAAAGUUCAAGAAAACAAUAAUUAAACAAGCACAAUUAUGUCAUUUAAUGUGACCACAACACCAACAGUGGGCCCAGCAACAACAACAGUAAGUGGUAGCGGUUCACAUACAGCUGCCUCUGGUGGAGGACGCAGUAAUUAUAAAGAUAUUUACGAUUUAUUGGAAAGGCUUUGCAAAAGUUUUGUGGGCUCAAAAGACAAUCACAGGGACGUUUUGCGCCACAUUACCCAAUACAUAUCAAACUGCCCCUCGGCUUUGGGUUCUACACUACCAUAUGAUGAGGCAUCUUUGGUAGCUAAAAUAACCCAACAUCUUAAUACCACCGAAUCUUCCGGAGCUGCAACAUCAUCUUCCGUUUUGGGCACAUCAAGUGGUGGCGGAUCUCGUCACAAUUCAGCAUUAUUUUUGAAUUUGCAUGAGCAAUUAAAAGCCAGUCAAUUAGAUUCACAGCAACGAAGUGCAUUAUUAACAUUUCUAUAUUAUAUGGCUGAUUCAAAAUAUACAACUGCAGAAAAUGGUUAUGGCCACACGGCCUCAAAUAUGAAAACUACGGGCUUACAAAGACAUCGUUAUAGUAAUCCGAAUGCAUCCUUGCCACCAAAUAGUACCAUGACUUCCUUUAGAAGUCAUCUUUUGCAUAAAUCUCAACCAUUGGCGGGCACACCACAGAUUUCUCUAAUGGCAACAGGAAAUGCUUCGAAUAUUUAUAAUUCUUCAGAUUUAAAUCAUAAAAUAUCCAUGUUUCGCCAAACGAGUCAAGGUGGUGGAGGUAGUAGAAGUGGUUCUGAAAAUGAUACAAUGCCUGCAACAAGCAUGUUGUCCUCAGCAGCCAGUACUCAUCUUCCUUUGCGUAGUUCUACUAACGCAGAUCUAAAUAAAAUGCAAGAAGCCCAAAAUAAUCUCAACGAUGACAUUGUACAAAAUGUCAUUUAUGCCUUUACGGGCAUUCAAGGAAAAUACUUAAAAAAAGAUGUAGUUUCGGGUAAAUUUAAGUUGGAUGUUAAAGCGAAAUCUUUAAAUGUGGUGCAGGCUGGUAUGUUAUUACGUCUAGCCGAAUUGGGUUAUUAUCAUGAUUUAGUACAGUCCUACACCGAUACCAAAAGUGGCUUAUGUGCUUUGGGCUUAAUGGGUCAGGGAUUUGUGUCUGCUUUAAAAACAGAGCUCACCAAAUACUAUGGCAUGGUGGCCAUGCUACAGGAACAACUCAAUAAACAACGUCAAGGCGAGACAUUUGCCCUAUUCAAUUGCCCUUCUCGCCCCGAACGUUUAACUUUAAUGAAAAUUCUUGUUUGGUCUGUAGAUCCUCUACAACGAUUACAACUUUUAGCUUCUAUUGCCGAGGCUUGUCAGGAAAAGAAAGGUGGCGCUUUAGCCUCAACGGUACAUGGUUUUAUGAACAAUGGUAAUCCCAUGGUGAAAAAUAUUGCCAAAGAAUUGCUGUUAGCCAUAUGCGGUCCUCUAUAUCAAAUGCUAACAAAAUGGCUUUUGGAAGGAGAAUUAUGUGAUCCUCAUGGUGAAUUCUUUAUAGAAUGUUUGGUUGAGGUGGGACCGGAUCGUUUGUGGCAUGACAAGUAUCGUGUACGUUCGUCCAUGUUGCCGAAUUUCGUAUCCACUGAUUUGGCUCAUAAAAUUUUGGUAACCGGUAAAAGUAUUAAUUUUCUAUGUGAGAUAUGUGAAGACAAGCAGCCCGUUAAAGGUCGAGAUGAGUUAAGACAUUGUAUAGAAGAAAAUGCUGAGCAUAUUUUUUCUUCGGUGGCUGAUACGAAAUUGCAUUCAACAAUUGAUGCCAUAUAUCUCAAUACUUCGAAACGUGUUCUUGAUAUUGUUAUGGGUCCACAUAAACUACUAGAACACUUACAGGCCAUGCGCCGCUAUUUGCUAUUAGGGCAAGGUGAUUUUAUCGGCAUUUUAAUGGAAAACUUAAAAUGCGAACUUGAUAAACCCGCCAAAGAAUUGUAUUCAUAUGAUUUGUCUUCCAUUAUGGACGCUGCAAUUCGUUCAACAAAUGCCCAAUACGAUGAUCCAGAAAUAUUAAAUCACUUAGAUGUUAGAUUAAUGUCUCCUUGUGAUGGUGAUAUUGGUUGGGAUAUAUUAUCUUUACAAUAUACGGUACGUGGUCCAUUGGCCACUAUGUUGGAGCCUUCGAUGUGUAUAUAUCAGGUGUUGUUUAAACCCUUAUGGCGUAUGAAACAUAUGGAAUUUGUUUUGUCUUCGAAAAUAUGGAAAGAUCAAAAGUGUAAUGCCAAG